AUGGUGGCAGCACCAGCAAGCCCGAUGUCAACUGUAACAAAGGAUGAACCCAAUGCCGAUAAAGAACGGCAACUUCAAGACCUACAGUUUGAAGAAGCUGGCAAAAUGUCAUUUGAGGAAGAUUUGGACUUCGAUUCGUCGUCAAUUGUCAACUUGGAAAUGGAAGCCAAUAGUGAAUGGCAAAUGUUUGCGGAUUUGUCGGAACUAGUACAUUCUGUAGAAAACACAUUUGAUACAGUCACGAUAGCCUCUGCUGAUCUCAGUGAAAUUCAUCUGAAUGAUUCGACGGACGAAAUAGAUGGCGACGAUGAUGAUGACUUGGAGAAUGAAUGGGCGGAACUGUCACGAGUGGAAGGAUUGGUUCGAAAGGAACUGGAAAAGCAACGGCUCGAAUUGGGGAUCUCGCCAGUGCCAAACGAAAAACGGGAACGGGAACACACCCUCUACGAUCAUUACAAGGGUCUCAAAAUGGAAGAAGUCAAGGGGAUUGGCUUUGUAUGUGACAAGAGCCAAUUUUUGGAGAUCCUUGAUAAGCCAUCCUCUACAUUAACCAAGGAUUGCGUCGAGUUCUGUCAGCCGCUUUUAGAAUCCAAGCUGGAACAGUUGUACUUUGGAAUAGAAUCGGUUUCUCGUGCCGACAGUGAAGGGCAAAUCAACUCGACAUUGCCCUUUAGGACGGUGGCAUUUCGAAUUCGACCUGACAAACUCAGUGGUGCCAUUAUGGAUUCCGUCUGCAAUGCCGUUGCGCUUUCCUCUACGAAUAGCACUCUCAAUCUACUCAAACGACAAGGUCGCCAUCUUCGUGCAGUAGUAGCCAACGAGAAUAUCAAAUACGUGAUUGAUGCUCAAUUGUGUAUCACUCGCAACGGUGGAUUUCAAAGACAGCUGUUGCUUCGACUCUACUAUCCCACGGAACAAGAAUUGGUCGAAACUGAUCUUCAGAACACUACUACUUCAAAUGCUGAGAGCGAGUUGCGAGAUACUGUGAUCCCGUCCAAUAAUCAUUUGAAGGAAGCUUGUGCUCUUUUGCAGCUCAUGCAUCGACUCGAAUUGUCCGGCAAUAAGCAGUCCUUGGACAAGCCGUUUUCAACCUUUCGUAGAAUAUCUUAUGAAACGGCAUCCUCCAAUCUAAGGACCAAGUUUCGAAAGUCUGAAUCAGUCAAAGCCAAAAGAGGGAAAAGCUUUUUCAAGCACAAGUCGCUUCUACUCCCAGCGCUUUCAAAGGAUGAUUGGUUGCUGCUGCAGGCUUCUUGGCCUUUGGUGGAGAAUAUUUGGGAUGGUUUGUCGUCCACCUUUACCCAAAGUUCUCUUCAUAGCUCGUCUCUGGAGCGUUUAAACCAAAUUCCCUGCCUAGACGUUCACUUUUGCAUGGACUUGUUCCGACUGUCAGAAGAGCUCAUGAUUACUGAUCUUGAAAGGGCAAAGGCCAAUCUCCGACAACACAAUGAAAAGGGUAGAUACAUUAGCAAUAUCUUCACCCACAUCACCAAACCGAUGUUCGAGAUGUACAGUCUCAAGCAGGUGGAAGAGUUACAAGAAACGAUGACCGAUUUUGACGUUCCCCGCUUUGACACGGAAGACAGCAUCUUCAUGUCUCUCGCCAGCCAAUCGCUAGAAUCCUCUGGUAUUUUGAACAAGGACAAUACCAUACUACAGUCGGACUUUCAAGUGUCGCAAGAGGCGGUCCAAGAGGUUUGCUCAGCAUAUCAUUCAUAUCACUCUGACAUACAAAGCAAAUUUGUCAAGUACAUGACAUCUCAGGUCCAAAAGACCCUCUACCGCUACCGCUUUUGCAUUCACGAAACCUACAAACGACUCAAGAAUGCCUACCGACAUUCCGAAUUGGCCGUCGAAGAAAGCAACAAGUUCUUAGAUCUCAUGCAACAAGCGAAGAACUUGACUAGUGAAGGCACAGAAUUGGCCAUUUCACCAUUUUUGAAGUGCCAAGUGGAUGGUGGAGAGUGCUAUGUGACCGAAACACACCUAUUACUCCACACCAACAAGCUGUACCAACAGCCAAGCAUUGUUGAAUGGUUCCACCAAUCCAGUGCAUUGCUAUUUCAACUUUCCGACAUUCAGGUUAAGGUGAAGAGUCAAUCUCACCUUCAAAUUUCCACCAAGGAAGGAGAAGAAAUGGUCCAAUUCUCUCCAAAUAUUCCAGUAGAGCGAUUGCAUCUGUUCAUAAGCAUUAUGCAAUCAUUGCAGCACGAGAAAAUUGACAUGGUCGGCGUCGUCUAG